CGGUCCCGCCCCCUCGGGUCUAGUACCGCCUUUUCCGCGUUCUCGGCGUGGCGACCUGCUGGCAGGGGGACGCGCGACCGUUCCCGCGUCGAGUCAGCUGAGGCAAAGGCGAGACAGCGAGCUUUUCAUGCCAGAUACGAUGAAGCCGAGGCCAAUGGAGAACUGAAGGAUGUCUGCUACAUACAGAGACCAUUGAAACACUUCUUAUGACUGGAAGACAGCAACCCCCUGGCAGAAGCAUUAUUUCACUUGGAAUUUCAAGUUUAUAGAGGAUUCGCUUUCCAAAAGUUGGACAAAGCUUUAGAGAUGGGCAGCAGUGAACCCCUUCCCAUUGCAGAAAGUGACAAGAGAAAGAAGAAGAAGCGGAAGGCCCGGACCACUGACUCCUUGCCAGGAAAGUUUGAAGAUGUGUACAAGUUGACCUCCGAAUUGCUUGGAGAAGGAGCCUAUGCCAAAGUUCAAGGUGCCGUGAGCCUGCAGAAUGGCAAAGAGUAUGCUGUCAAAAUCAUUGAAAAACAAGCAGGGCACAGUCGCAGUAGGGUAUUUCGAGAGGUGGAGACGCUCUAUCAGUGUCAAGGAAACAAGAACAUUUUGGAGCUGAUUGAGUUCUUUGAAGAUGACACAAGGUUUUACUUGGUCUUUGAGAAAUUGCAAGGAGGCUCCAUCCUGGCCCACAUCCAGAAGCGGAAGCACUUCAAUGAGCGAGAAGCCAGCCGAGUGGUGCGGGAUGUUGCCGCUGCCCUUGACUUCCUGCACACCAAAGGCAUCGCUCACCGUGAUCUGAAGCCAGAAAAUAUACUGUGUGAAUCUUCAGAAAAGGUGUCUCCAGUGAAAAUCUGUGACUUUGACUUGGGCAGUGGGGUGAAAUUGAAUAACUCCUGCACCCCCAUAACCACACCGGAGCUGACCACCCCAUGCGGCUCUGCAGAAUACAUGGCCCCGGAGGUGGUGGAGGUCUUCACAGAUGAGGCCACUUUUUAUGACAAGCGCUGUGACCUGUGGAGCCUGGGCGUGGUCCUCUACAUCAUGCUGAGUGGCUACCCGCCCUUUGUAGGUCACUGUGGGGCUGACUGUGGCUGGGACCGGGGAGAGGUCUGCAGGGUGUGCCAGAACAAGCUGUUUGAGAGUAUCCAGGAAGGCAAGUAUGAGUUUCCUGAUAAAGACUGGGCACACAUCUCCAGUGGCGCCAAAGACCUCAUCUCCAAGCUCCUGGUUCGAGAUGCCAAGCAGAGGCUCAGUGCUGCCCAAGUCCUGCAGCACCCGUGGGUGCAGGGGCAAGCUCCAGAAAGGGGACUCCCCACGCCGCAAGUCCUCCAGAGAAAUAGCAGCACAGCGGACCUGACGCUCUUCGCCGCUGAGGCCAUCGCCCUUAACCGCCAGCUGUCUCAGCACGAGGAGAAUGAACUGGCAGACGAGUCCAAGGCCGUGGCUGAGAGCCUCUGCUCCAUGAAGCUGUCCCCUCCCUCCAAGUCACGCCUGGCCCGGCGGAGGGCCCUGGCUCAGGCAGGCCGCAGUGGAGAUGCGGGACCCUGCCCGACACCUACAGCUCUCUGACCCACUGCAGUCACACCUUUUAGGCCCUAGGCCUGUCCAGGCGUUGCCCUCUGGAAACCUGUGAGGCCAAACUCUGCAGAACGGGAAGAAGGACCUUCUAUGCAGCUCUGGCCAAGCCUUUUCAUCCAGAGGCUCAGAGGUUCCCACCCAACCCCCCAUUUCCCUAGAGUCCUCAAGGAAAAAGCUUUGUCCAAAGGGGUUGUCUUGAAAAGGAAAGCAAUCAAUUGUCACUUUGCAUAAUCGCCAGAAGCAGGGAUAUCUCUUUGCUGGGCUCCUGCCCACCUGCUCUCCCUCCUUCAGACCUGGAUCCAGCCUGUUCUCAUGGUGGGGGGCAAUGGGCAGUGGUGGUUGGGGCUGCAGCCCUCAGGGAGCCAACUUUGAGAAGUGUCAGUUGACAGGGGCUCUUCCUUCUCUGCACCAUCACCCUCCUCUGGCGGUUCUUCCACCUUCCUCUGUCCUCCGGAUGUCCUCCCCCUGGGCUGAGCAAAGCCAUCCCCUCAAUUCAGGGAAGAGCAGGGAAACUUGACGUUCUAGGAGCCAGAUCAGUCUUCCAGUCUGUAGCACAGAGAAGCACAUAAUCUUUCUUUGCCGUGACUGAAAUGUGUCCCUCAUUUAUCAUCCUCUUCCUUGUUUGGGAUUGCUGCUAAAGUCAGUAUUAUUUCAGUUUUUAAGUGUUUGUUUUUAACCAUGCUCUUCCAGCAAAGAUGGGAGUUUAAACUCCCACUGCAAGCCCAUGGACUUUCCAGAGCGUGCAGUGGCUCGCUCUUCUUUCCUGAAUGUCCAUGCAUUUGAAAGGUUUUAAUCAGCUGUUUCCUAUUAUUUUAACUGGUUUUAAGCUGUUACCAUGAUGAUGAUGAUGAUGAGUAGAGACCCAGUCUGCUGCUGCAUCCCUCAGGCCUGGUGUGGAAGGUGGCACAGGUCUGGGGCAGUUAGAGGGAGCUCUGCCUGAUGUGGAGCCAGAUCCAAGGCAGCCCAGCUGCCCUGGUCUGAGCAUAUGGUGCUUGCUGCUUGCCAGAGAGCAUGAGGGCAACUCUGGCAUCAGACAAGCUGAGCUGCUGAGUUACCUAAAGGAAAUCGAUAUGCAUGUCAGACAGACAUUUAUACAUGACAAUGCUAUUACAUAUUGUACUUGUUUCAAUAAAACUUUUAAAUUUUA